AUGGGAAAGCCCAAGGUGCUGCUGCUGGGAGCCAUUGACCACGCGCACGAAUCAUGGAACUCGCUUUCCUCCCUCGCCGAUCUCGUGGCCCCCGAGGCCCGCAGCCGCGCCGACUUCCUGGCCGAGUGUAGUGCUGGGAAAUUCGACGGCGUCGUCGCGACGUACCGCACGUUUGCGAGCGUGGAGAUAACGGGUGUGUUUGACGCGGAGCUGGUGAAGCUGCUGCCGGAGAGCUUGAAGUUCAUUUGCCAUAAUGGCGCCGGAUACGAUCAAGUCGACGUCCAUGCCUGCUCGGAGCGCGGCAUCAAGGUCUCGAACGUCCCCACCGCCGUGGACGAUGCCACCGCCGACGUCAACAUGUUCCUGAUCCUCGGCGCGCUCCGGGGCUUCAACACGUCGAUGCUUGCGUUGCGUGAGGGCAAGUGGCGAGGUCAUCCACCACCGCCUCUCGGCCACGAUCCGGAGGGCAAGACGCUGGGGAUAUUGGGGAUGGGUGGCAUUGGCAGGAAUCUCAAGAAGAAGGCCGACGCGUUCGGCAUGAAGGUCGUGUACCACAAUCGUAACAAGCUGAGCGAAGAGCUCGCCGGCGGAGCGGGCUACGUCAGCUUCGAGACGUUGCUUUCCGACAGCGAUGUCAUCUCUCUCAACCUUCCCUUGAACAAAAACACGCGCCACCUGAUCUCCACGAAGGAGUUCGAGAAGAUGAAGAAGGGCGUCGUCAUUGUUAACACGGCCCGUGGCGCAGUCAUGGACGAGGAUGCGCUGGUCAAGGCGCUCGACGCGGGUGUCGUGUGGUCGUGUGGCCUCGACGUCUACGAGGAGGAGCCGAAGGUGCAUCCGGGCUUGGUGGCGAAUCCGCAUGUCAUGUUGGUGCCGCAUAUGGGAACUUGGACCUAUGAGACCCAACUCGCCAUGGAAGAGUGGAACAUCGGCAACGUGCGCGCCGCCCUCGAGAAGGGCAAGCUGAACAACGUCGUCCCCGAGCAAGCUGAAGUGUGA